AUGUCUAAAUCAUUUUGGCUGGCCAAUUAUUUUGCUUCAGCAAAUUUGGGAUUGGAAAGUACAACUAGAUGGACAAAAUAUGAAUUUGAUGACUUUAAAUUUAGUAAGAUAUUGUCGGGGGAUAGAUUUGUCUUUUUUGUUUGUAGUGAUACCAAUAGAUUGGUAGAAUUUACAAGUAAACCGCGUAGUAUUGCAGAUAAUUCUAUGGCUAUUAAAAUUAAGAAGAAAUCAAAUGUUUUUGAUUCACUUCUGAUGGAAACAGAUACUACACCACAAGAAGUUAAACAUGUCACUGGUUAUUAUAUUAAUGAUUUAAUGGGAAAUCCUAAGAAAAUUCAAUAUAGAAUGGGUGGUGGCCACAUCUUUUUAUUGGAGAAGACAAGAAUUGGAAUAAUAGAUUAUAUUGAAACUGACCCGAAAUUUAAAAUUGAGGACUAUUCGAGUUUUGGAGGAAUUAAUAAGUUUUUCUGUGGACCAUUAUCUUCACAUCAUGUAGUAUUAACCAAUGAUAGAAGAGUAUUUGUUAAUAAUCAGCAAUUUUCAUUGAAUACUAAAGAAAGCCCAACAAUUAUUAAACUUGCAGCAUGUUGUGGAAGUGGAGUAGUUUUGGCUUCAGAUAAGCAUCUCUAUGCCAGAGGAGAUAACACUUUUAAUGUGUUCACCUCAGUUAAUAAUGAUUUUUCAUCAAGUUUUUUCGAAAAGAUUCCAUUUGAAUUUCCUGCAAAUAUCAAGGAUGUUAAAUGUGGAUUUUUCCAUACAAUUGUUCUUUUAGAGAAUAAUCAAAUAUUCGGAUGUGGUUACAAUACUUUGAAGCAAUCUACAUUUGGUAUUGCUGAUGCUGGUAUUGAUUCUCUUUCAGAUUUCAGAUUAAUUGAAUUUGAUUUUGGAAUUCCUAAAGAGAUAGCAUGUUCUUCCAGAGGAACUGUUGUAAUUAAUACAAAUGGUGAUGUAUUCAUGGCUGGUGAGGUUGUUUCAGAUUUUCCUCCAUCAGAACUCAAACUUAAUCCAUCAUUGUUCAAGUUUAAUAUUACUACAUUUGAUAGGGAAGAGUUCAAUACUAUCUCAGUUGGAGGUUGGCAAUAUGUUAUUUAUUAUGAGAUAUUUGACGAAACCAGAAAGGGUGAACUACAUAUGAAACGGAAUCUUGGCUCUUUGCUGUCCACUAAGGCUUUAUCGGAUCUUGUGAUAAUUAUUGAUGUGUAG